UCGUCCUACGGUAGCUGCCGCUGCGGCAACAUCAAGUCAUCGUCCAAAGUAGACCCCAUAACCACAACCGCCUGCCGCUGUCUCGACUGCCGCAAAGCAUCCGGCAGUGCCUUCGGUGUAAGUAUCCUAGUCCCUGCCGCCGCCUUUGCAUGUGACAAGGGCACGCCGACAGACUACACCAGCACAUCUGACAGCGGCAACGAGUUCGUCAACCACUUUUGCGGGACCUGCGGCGUAGCGCUCUGGGCUGACGGGACGUCUUCCCCGUUCAAAUUCGUCAAGACCGGUGUUUUGGAUGAUCUUGCCGCACUGGACAUGUCGAAGCCCGCUGCCAAAAUAUAUACCUGUCGACGUGCCGGGUGGUGA